AUGAUAUCCGAAGUCUUGGGCUCACAAGGGACAUAUUACCGUCUCUACCUUACCUGGCUUACCCUGAAAGUCCAGAGGUGCUCCUGCCUUAUCGGCGGUGUUGCCCCCCUGCAGCGCCUGCACUGUGCGAGCUUAUCUAAGGCUGAAGCGCCAAACCAUCCGUCGCUCUUUCCGCUGAAUGGCCUAGACCCGCACUUGACCUUUAACCGCCACCAACCUAACAACACCACAACCACGACGGGCAAGUCCAAGGACCUCGCCUCUUCCUUGUGCUCCGAAGCGCCCUCGGAUUUUCUUCCUUCUUCCACAUCUCGAUCACACCAACAGCUUCCACGGGAUGGUCGCUUCACCAUUGUGCCCGUCGUAGGAGGUUCACUUCUACUUUACGUCUCCCGAUACGACCCGACCUUCACGACUACGACUCUCCUCCCGCACGCAAGACACCUACCCGAGGAACAGACGGUUUCAUCUCUUUUGCCUGAGCAAGAACUUUACGACGAUAGCGACAUCGAGGCCGCCUACCAAGGCUACAUUCCCGAAUCCUCCUCCGACGUGGUCGAUCACCGCUCAAGCAUAUUCGACUCCGAAGCCGAUGCGCAGGUGGAUUGGGACCCUGAGUCUGAUUCACAAUCACAGGCACAGCCUUCAGAGUCCGAUUCAGAGUCCUUGAUGUCACUCGAGAUUGACCCUCACGAUCCGCUAUUUAACGACUCGGACCCUUUCUCUCCCGAUCUUGCCGACGAGCUUGAGCUUGCGCUUCUUGCCGAGAUGGAUCAGUUGCCACAGCUCCGCGAACAAAGGAUGCCACCUCCAGGUGGCCGAGAUGAAAGCAUGCGAGGGCAACGUGGAGGCGGUGCCGCCCUUCAUAAUGGCUCAGGCGAUGUUCUUGUGGAUCUGGAGCUGUACUUCGAACAGGAUAGAAACGAGAGGAGACCUCAAAACAACCAAAACGGCCCUGCCGAUGUCAUCGACCUGACCAACGAACCCGACAGCCCUAUCCAGAGACAUGCUCCUCGACCUCCCACGAAUCCCAGAAGACAACAUUCCCAAGGCAGGAACCCGCCAUCUUUCUCGCGGAGUGACAGUAGCAUUCUCGCGGGCAAUGCACCACCCGUCAUCGACCUCACCGACGACUCACCCGAAGUUCCGAGAAGACGUACGCAUGUACCGCCGCCUCCACAGCCACCUCGUCAGCGCGAUCGCAGUCGACAGCCGGUCGGAUUCAUGCUGAACCCGAACGGAAGUGCAUUCAGUGGGCUAGCAGCCGGGUUAAGGCGCCACCUGUAUCCUUUCAGGCUCUACCCUGGUCCUGAGGACGAGGUACAGCUACUCGGCAUGUUGCACAAUCGUAUUAAUCAAGGAGGAGACCUGAACAACCCCCUUGGCAAUAUCCAACUUCAAUACGAGCACGGCGCUUUCGAUCAACGCGCCGAAUCACCUAAACCAGUCCACCAAGCUCCGCCUCCCCCUAGACCUGGAUAUACGAGGGACACCGCCUCCGAUUUAGUUGUGAUUUGUCCAGCAUGCAACGAGGAACUGGCUUACGACCCUGACGUGCCUGUCAACGGGAAGCAAUCUGCGCGGAAGGGCAACAAGCGCCAGCGCAGUGAACAUCACUUUUGGGCCUUGAAGGGUUGCGGACAUGUUUACUGCGAAGACUGCUACGAGAAUCGCAAGCCGGUAGCUAAGCGCCCGAAUACCGGAUUUGGGCGCGACGAUGAAAGCAAACUCACCUGUGCAGUCGAUGGUUGCGAGACACAGGCUACGAACAAGACAGCCUGGGUUGGAAUCUAUCUUUGA